UUUCUACGUACGAAACGAACGUACGUGCGCCGCGCACCGCCUGCUUGGUUGGAGCGAAGCUGAGGCAGUAGAGUGAAGUGCGUGUGCGAGCGGAGUACACAUUAGAAGCAAGCAAUUGUAACGUCGGGAAAAUAACUGUCGUCACGAAGAAAAGGCACGAGGCAGCGAAUUCUACUGAAUGUUCGUUAUUUUGUUUUUUAAAUAGUCAAAGAUUGUUUGUUGAUUACCAGUGGACUCGAGUGGUUCCGGUUGUUUGUUGCACGACGAGACAUAGCAGGCCAUAAUCGAUACGGUGCUAAACUCAACAAAAAUCGUUAAUUGAUUGGAUUGUGGGGAAUACUCAAAAAAAAAAACAGAAUCGCUUUGCAAUAUAUUUUGGCUAGUAGAUGAAAAAAAGAGUGUUAAAAAUGAAUCCGUUUAAUGGUCUCCGGUGACAAACCGUGGGCAACACAUUUGGGACUUUCGGUAUCGAAUUUGCGAAGAACAGCUGAAAAGUGAAAGGCGGUUGGAAAAGCCGUUGUGAGUUGUGAGCGCAUUCCGUUUGUUGAUGUGUGUACGUGUUUUUUUAAUGUGAUCUGACGUCACACUGUACAGCUGGAAACAAUUUAAAACAAUAGUUAGCUGGAAACGUACAGGAAGGGGAACUCCAGUAGUGCACUUUGGACAAAACGAUAUAAGUUUUUCGGUGUUAAUUGGUAUUGUUCAGAACGAAGAUGGCCCCUGCCAAACAGAACGGAGCGACUACGGCCUUGUUGCCUUUACUUAGGAAGGUGUCGACUCGAUCCAAAGCGACCAACAACCAAAAUCACAACCCCGACGAUCAGCAACAACCGGUGCCGCGUGGCAAGCGGAAAGCCGAAAACAGCCCACUGAAGAACGACCGAGGCAUCAAGCGAUCUGCUCUCGGCAAUCUAACGAACGCCGUCGUGAACCAGGGAGAAAAUGAUGGCGAUCUGAAAGUCGGUCUCAAGGGCUCAAAUGCCCCGACUGGGGGUGCCACUACUCUCAGCAAGCAGGCUUCUCAGUUGAUGCACCAACUGACGAAUAACAUCGUUAACAAAAAGACUACAGCCAGCAAGGCAACCGCCGGAAAGACUGAAGUGUUUACCAAGCCGGAUCCGGAUGGGCCAAAGACCCGUGCGGCUACAAAAAUUCUAACACGUGCAGCAAGCCGUCAGCAGCUGAGCGUGAAGAAAAAUGCCACCACUACUCGUACCACAAAAGGGCAAAUAUCCGUCGGUCACACUCUUAAAUCGGAGCUUUCCGGUGUUGCCAAAACCAUCAUCAAAGCAGAUGACUGUUACAAGGAGGAGAAGUUGCAAACUAUUAUCACCACAGCCAACGCGGCCGCUGGUCAGGUGAUCAAGCCAAAGCGAAGAAUUUCCAACGACUUCGAGAAGACUGAUGAGAGUUUGUAUGUGUCUGCCCUGGAGGAUAUCACUUCCAGCGGAUCGCUACGAUUGUCGGACAACUUCGGAAAAGCUCCCUCCCAGACGAACACUCCCAGUGAAGAAGUCAUUACUAUUAAGGAUACACCGUCACCGGAGAAGCGGAUACCGAAAGGAGUGGAAGAUUACGAUCAGGCGAACUGGAACGAUGUCUUCCAGGUGUCCCACUAUGCACAUGAGAUUUUUACCUAUCAGAAGGAACGCGAGCAGCACUUUGUCAUUCCGGACUACAUGUCCAAGCAGCCGCAUAUCAACAAAUGGAUGCGAGCGCUGCUCGUCGACUGGAUGGUGGAAAUUCAGGAAUCGUUCGAGCUUAACCACGAAACACUUUACCUGGCGGUGAAGAUGGUUGAUAUUUACCUUUCGCGGGCCGAGAUCCAGAAAGACUCACUGCAAUUGCUCGGUGCUGCAGCUCUGUUUAUCGCCGCCAAGUUUGAUGAACGAAUCCCACCAACAGUGGACGAUUUCCACUACAUCUGUGACGGCGCGUACCAGCGGCGCGAAAUGAUUCUGAUGGAGAUGACCGUGUUCAAGGUUAUUGGGUACGAUUUGGGCAUACCGUUAUCCUACCGCUUCCUGCGGCGGUACGCUCGCGUCAACCGGAUCGAUAUGCCGGUGCUGACGCUGGCUCGCUACAUUCUCGAGUUCAGUCUGAUGGAUUACGCCGUCAUACAGCAGCGGGAUUCGAAGCUGGCCUGUGCGGCACUCUUCAUUGCCAUGAGGAUGAACAAUAUGCCCGGCUGGAACAAGACGCUGGAGUUCUACUCUGGCUACAAGAUCGAAGACUUCGCCGAGAUUGCCAUCCUGCUGAACAACAUAAUGACGAGCAAGCCGAAGGAUUCGCUCAACACCGUUCGGCACAAGUACUCCCACGAGCUGUUCUUUGAGUCGGCCAAGAAGCCGUUCAUCACCGAUCUGAGCAAACUAUUCGACACAACCGGCUAUCAACUGCCGGUUUCGGGGAAAAAGACAACGACGACGACAGCCUCUUCCAACAGCGACCAUAAUGGUGCAACCCACAGUCAAUCAUCGACCGCUAGUUCACCAACCGUUACUUCCACCAUGGCUUCACCCGCGGUGACGACAGCCACAACAACGGUAUAAAAUUGUCGUAUCGAUGCGUGCGUAUGUGUGUGUGUUACGAGUCAACGCUUUUUACUCCGUUUUCUGAUCGCCUGUAGCCAAAGCCAGGUUCGAAAUGUUUAAAUUGAAAAUCUCUCUUCUUGAGCCACACUUUCCUUUAUUUCAAGUUGUAGUUAGUCGAAACGAAAUUCACUUACUGAACAUAUUUUAGGCGAGUGCGAUCUUUAAAAGCAGCAAAAAAAAACUGAAAGUAGGACGCAACAAACGCCUCAGCAGAGGUGGUUUGAUUUUUUCGUUUACUUUAUUUCUAUCGAAGAUUUUUUAUCCUAUCUUGUGUUAGCUUUUGCAGCUUGCUGAUUUUGAUUUUUUUUAUUGAAGUUAAGUUAUCCUAAAAAACUCGAACGUCGUACCACAGCCGGUGUGGCUAUGAGAAGUUGAAGAAUUAAAAGUUUCCGCUGAUCUCAAAAUUCGAAACAAAUUGUUAACAAAUUUCCGAUUGGAUUGAAUAUUGAAAUUAAAUUAAUUACAAGAUUUUUAAAACUUAACUUGGGAGCUAGAAUUAUUUAUUCACUAAGAAACCUAGGACUCGAAUUUUCGACCAAAACUAAGCGGAGAAAAUGUUCGAUAAACCAAAAGACGAUGACUUGUAAAUAUUGCUUGAUUCAGUCUCGAUCGAAGAGGCGCGUACCUCCCCGGGUGUACUAUCCGAGUUUCCCCUCCCUGUCUGAAGCAAAGACUAAACCUUUUUAGGGCGUCAGUGAAAUAAAAAUUUUCGAAAAAAUA